AUGUCGCAUAUCACAUCGCACGAUGUCUUAGAUCAGGGCUACUCAACUCUUAAGAGCAAAGGUCCAGUCAGACAAGUUCCAAUACAUGCAGAGGUCCGGAGUCAGUCGAGGAAAUACACUCUCGGGAAUCCACCGCCAGGACCUUCAUUUCAUUUCGUUCUGCUCUUCGCCUGGAGCCCGGGGUCCCGCUGCACCUCUCGCAAGGUCCGGAUUCGGACCGCGGGCCGCCAGGCGAGUAGCCCUGCCAUAGACUGUGCUGACACUUUUGAGAUGUUCAAGUCACGGAUCAGGUCGCUGUACGCGGGCAUGGACGUCGUGGGGUUGGUGGAGCGGCUGCUCCGCAAGCGGCCCGCCACCUUCUUCGCGUGCGGCGACCAGUACCUGCUGCGCGACGGGACCCGCGGCGCCGGCGGCUUCGAGCGCAUCGGGACGCCGCAGGAGGCGCCGCCGCUCUGCCUGCGCGACUAUCUCAGCUACGACGAGAUGAAGCUGUCGGCACUGCUGGCGGUGUCGUCGCGCUCCUUCUUCGUCAACGACGGCAGCCGCCACAACAAGGGCGUGCCGGGGACGCCGGGCACCUUCGCGGAGAGCGGCGUGAUCGUGGGCAUGGUGGGCGCCAGGCUCAAGAAGACGGGCUACAUGGAGUGGCAGGACUGCCUCGUCACGCCCACGCAGAACACGGAGGCCAAAGGCUACGGCGGGCGGGCGGCGCCGUCGCAGCUGCAGGCCCUGUGGGCGCGCAUGUGGGGGCGGGCGCUGCCAACGUGGAGCGACGCGGGCGCGCGAGACGAGGGCUUCCUCCGCGUCAGCAAGAACAUGCUCCUGAACGUGGGCGUGUACAAGGCGCGGAUGCGUCUGACGGCGGAGGUGCUCCUGGCGGAGGCCGGGGCGCGGGCGGCGGCCGAGGGGCUCAAGGCCUACGUGCACGUGGUGGGCCUCGGGUUGGGCGUGUGGCGCGCCUCCAAGGACCAGGACGCGAUGUUCGUGGACGCGUGGGGGGAGGCGCUGCAGGCGGCGCCGAGCACGGCGCGGGUGGCGCACGUGGACUUCAGCUGGAUCGGCGCCGAGGUGUGCCAGGGCGUGCGCGACGGCCAGCGGUUCCCGGGCACGGACGUCACCAUCCACUUCUCGCGCCGCGCCCUGCACGACCCCGUGCCGGCGGGCACGACUCUGGUGGUGAGCUACGCGUGGGACGGCAACUCGCUGCCCGGCAACGAGUACUGGGUCGGCAAGCUGAGCAGCACGGGCGACGGCGCCGCCGCCUGCUCCUCGCAGGUGGCCGAGCUCCACAACACGCACAUCAACGCCAACGUCAGCGGCGCCAACCUGCACGUGGCGGGGCCCUGGGGCGUCGCGCACGUGGCGGAGUACGCGCGGCGGAGCCCCAGCCACGCCGCCAAGAGGGCCCGGCGGUAG